AUGGAGAGGCGAUUUUGGCCUAAGUUCGGUGAUGUCGUUCAAGAGGACGUUGGUGCCAAACUCACCAUGGAUUCUACCAAGGAAAUCAUCUUUGAGCGACCAAGGGCUCCAGGUACAAAAGUUGAAGACUCAAAUGCAGCUGGAGACCCAUUAGCCCAAAAGUCGAAAGGAGGAGAUGUAUUGAUGGUCGAUUUAAAUAAUUUGGAAGAGUACAUUUCACUGGUGGUUGAUGCUACUAUCAAGACUGGUAUCACAAGGCAAUUGGAAGCAUUUAGAGCUGGCUUUAAUCAGGUUUUUGAUGUUUCAAGUUUACAAAUAUUUUCUCCAAGUGAGUUGGAUUAUUUACUCUGUGGGCAUAGAGAAAUAUGGGAGGCUGAUACACUUGUGGAACACAUAAAAUUCGACCAUGGGUACACAUCCAAGAACCCUGUAGUAAUUAAUUUGCUUGAGAUAAUGGGAGAGUUCAAUCCAGAACAACAAAGGGCAUUCUGUCAAUUUGUUACUGGUGCACCCCGGCUUCCUCCAGGUGGCUUAGCUGUCUUGAACCCUAAGUUGACCAUUGCCAGAAAGAGCGGUACAAAGCUUACAUCAGCAACUGGUGGGCCGCUGUUGAAUCAUAUAUUUUUAAGGCUCUUAUGGUUGAUCAUUCAAACUCUGAAGAUCAAUCCAUCAUACAACCAUGCUGGUCAACAUUUCUGUUUUUAUCUUGUUUCUGAUUUAGCCAUUAAAGAACUCAUUGCAGUUUCCACCAACAGAGAAGAGGAUACCCCUCCCAUUUCCCCAAAUUACCCCUUCCUCUACAAUGUUUUUUUUGUUUCUAUGUAUUUUGUGCAUCAGGUAAAGUUGGUGGAAGAAAGGAAUAUGAAGCCACUUGAUUCAAGUCUUGCCGCAUUAUCAGCAAGAUGCAAUAAAGACUUGGAGUUGAAUUUGGCUAAGUCAUUAUUGAGUGAGAUGGGCGAAUGUACAACUGCUUAUCCAUAUAAUUAG